CGGCAGCCUCUGUGUCGGACUCCAGCUCCGGCUCGGCUAGGGCUCGGCGGUGGAUGUCCUUAUUGGCCCCGGCCCUCUGUCCUCCGCCCGUCCAGCCCCGCCUUCACCAUGGCCCGAUCGGCCCCUCAGGGAGGACCCCAGAGCUUGGGACCGCCCCCGGAGCCCGGGCCUCUAGCCACCGCCGCCGGACCCCAAGAGCCAGGCGGGUCUCCGUGUGAGGUAGCCGUGGAGCCGGAGGAGGGGCCGAGCCGACCUCAGGCCCUGCAGCCGCUGCGACCUGGAGGGCCCCGCCGCGUGCUCUUCGCUGACGAGGCCCUAGGGCUGCCUCUGGCCCAGCUGAGGCGUUACCAGCCUUGGGGCUGCGCGGGGCUUGGGGGAGGGCCGGAUGAGGAGGAUGAGUCCCCCCCGGAGCUAGGCUUGUCCGGGAGCCCCCCCGGGGCAGGGCCAGGGCCUCCCUUCUACCUGCUGCCAGCCUUCGUGCUGCCCCCAGCCCCGGGCCGGCUGGAGCGCCUUCGGGGCUCUAUGGUGGAACUGGAAGACCUAUUCCCCCCGGAGGAUCCAGGCAUGCCUGGCCGCGCCCCUGUGCUCCGCGGCCUGAUCCGAGUGCUCAACCUCUCUUACCAUAAGGCAGUGCACGUACGGGCCACCCAUGACGGCUGGCUGACCUUCCAGGACCACCCGGCCCACUACGUGCCCGGGGGAAGCAGUUCUCCCGAGGACGGGGGGCAAACCGACCGCUUUGCCUUCCAGUUGCCCUUUGAGCCCCCCAGCGUGGGCGGGAAGGUGCUGGAUGGGGCCCGCAUUGACUUUGUGGUUCGGUACCAGACCCCCGAGGCCACCUAUUGGGCCAACAACCAGGGCAAGAACUAUACCGUGGUGCUGAAGGAGACAGCGGCAGCAGCGCGGACCAAGGGGCUUGGCCUGGCAGGGCCUCCAGGACCCCUAUUGGCCCCCCCUGCACCCCCACCAACGAAGCACCUCUUUUGGGAGGUCGAGGCAAAACAGCUGAAGAGCUGUAUGAAGCCUGUCAGACACAGGCAGACUGAGGAGGAGCUCGGACGAGAGAACGUAGCUGGCCCUGUCUCUGCAAUGGAAUGCUCUGAUGACGGGGACAGGGGGUCAGGGAGCAUAUUAGUAACCCCUCUGCCACUCCAGCCAGGGCCACAGAUAACACAGAUCUCAGAUGGCCUGGUGGCUAACUCCUCAGAAAGCAAAGGAUCUCACCUGUACCUUCCUGAGAUGUUCCUGGAAUACCCACAGUCCCCUGCCAUUGAAAUCCACCCUCCUGUAUUGAGCUUGGUGCCAGAUCAGGGUGAAGCCCUGGGAGGUCCCCCCCUUGGGGCUGAAGAAGAGGCUCUAUUGGACUUGUCAAGACCUCUGGGUGAGCAGCCUUCUGAGGGACAACCUAGAAAGGGUUUGGACCCCUUUGGAUCAGAUGAGGCCCAGAGUGAGGAUGCUGUGGACCUGGAGUUGGAACAGCUCUACCUCACCCACCUGAGCCGCUUAAGGGCUGCAGGAGCAGCUGAUGGGCAUUCUGGGGGCAUCCUUAUCACUGACCAUGACCAAGAUCUCCUGAAGUGGAUGGGUCCAGAGAGAGCCUUGAACAGCUCUCUAAUGGAGGAGAUCACUCUGCACUAUGCAAUGCAGGGUGUACAUGGAGCAACAGACCUUCCUGAAGAUGCUAAAGAAGGUGGCAGAGGCAGCAAGGCUGAGGAACUGGGGACUUCUUGUGAGGCAGAGUCCGAGUCUGAGUUGGGGUCUGAGUCCGAGUCUGAGUUGGAGUCAUCAUCUGGGGAAGGAGACAUCCUGAAGGAAUCCCCUCCUGGCAUCAGCACUGGCGCGUGGCUGGCAGGACAGCAUCCAGGGUUCAUCUUAGUAAAGGAUGGGCUCAGUCAGAGCCUGGAAGAGGAGGAGAAGCAGAAGCCAGAAGAUCCCAAUCAAGAACAUGGUCCAGUCAGUGUCACCAAGGCUGAAGGGCUGUCUUUCUGCCUCCAGGAAGGAAGCCAUCUUUUGCCCAAUAGCACAGCCCAAGAUGGAGGCCAGCUCCAGAGAGCUCUCAGCCAGUCGUUGUGCAUGUUGGGCUUGCUGGUCUUCCUCCCCAUUGCGUGGAACACCUGCACGGCCUUUGUGGGCCUGGCUUUUUACCUCUCCCUGGCCUGGUUCUCUUAAAUGACAGUCAUUGUAUGGGGAUGGAGGCACUGGCGUGGCUAUGGCGGCCCAACAAUAAGAAUUACCAAAACCCUGGAUAGCUUCUGACUCCUGAGGCUGGGUGGCAAAAUAUGGGCAAAUUCUCAAAGCUCUUCUAUGUCCAGACCCAGGUUGGGCAGACGUACAUUUCUACCUAUGCACGUACAGACAUACGUGCAUAAGUAUGCAUGUGUAUAUAGGCGCACGUUCCAUGUGGGUGUGUGUAAUCCUACAGUGGGUGGGACUGGUGCAGGGAAAAGCCACUUGCUUCCUGCCACAGUCACCUACCAAGAGCUCUAGUUCUUGCUAAACAACUUCCAAAGAAACCCCCGGAGGGUUUUGGGCAUGAAUCUGUAGGACCCUACCCAGAGGCACUAUCUUCCUGUUUGUGUGAUGGGUUUACAAUGGCUGAAAGGACCAGAUCUCUUCCUUUGGCUUCUUCUAGACAACCUCCUUGGGGCUUCCAGCUCUAUUAGCAUUCCACUCUCCUUGCCUCCAUCUCAUGGCAGUGAGCACCCAGACAAGGCCCCGGGCCUAGACCGUGGCUUACAGGCCCUCAAGGGUAGUGGUGAGAGAGGAAUUCACUUGGAACUGACUCCACCUGCCUUUUCCCCAUGUGAUCAACCCCCCCCCCCAAACUCUUGAUUGGCAUCAGAGUCUUGGAGGGGGAUGAAGGCCUGCUGCCGGCUCCAGCAGGUUUUCUAGGGACACUGUGAAACCCUGGCCCCAACCUGACUAUGACGUCCCCAACUAGCUGUCAUUCAAUCAAGUGGGCAAUCAGAAAGUGCUGCCAGUGGGUGAGGAGGCAGCCCGUUCCAUGCAAAUCGAAGUUUCUCCCUCGAUCCCAUGCCCUGCCUCAUUGUUCCCAGUUGGGCCUUGGCCCUUUCCCUCAUGCAAACACUUACUGGAUGAUCUUGGAGUGUCCAAGGCCUCUGUUUCCACAAGCCAGUGACAGCCAUCCAGAGGCAAAGUGAGAACCUUAUGCAGAGCAAAUGUUGCCACUGCUACUGAUCAUUCCAUGCAAAAGGCCCCCAGAGCCAUUGACGCCUUCCCUCAGGUCCAGCCCCCUCAUUUGCAACAGGUCCAGAGAGGGAGAGGGUGGCAGGACUGGGGCAACCUAGAUAUGGUGGUGAGAUGAGACAACUCCACCCGAGUUGGCCCUAGGAACCUCAGAUUUGGGUAGUCUUGAGGCAUAAACCCCACUUCAUUCCUUACCACUCAGUUUGGGAGUGAGGUACCUUGAAUGGAGCCCAAGAAGUCAAACCCCUUGGGAGGUGGACUUCCUCUCCGGGGCUCAAAGGCCAGCAGCCUAUGAGUACUCCAGGCCAGGGUCAUAGAGGAACUAACUCUCUUGGUGGUAUGGCUCCAUGGGGAAGUAGAGCCAAGCAGAGGGCUCCAGAUGUGAUGAAAAGUAGCAAGCUGGCCCUGUCCUCAUGGGGCAUUGGUACUUUGGCUUGGGGACCUUCUUGGGGAGUGGGGGGGUGGAGCCUCCAGCUAGACUCUUACUCACACAGAGAAACAGUUGGUUUUUCCAUUCAAAGUUGAAGGAAGAGUGCAAAUUUUUGUCUGAAUGGGCAUAAAGGUGUAACCUUCCCCCACUCCUGCCCCGCUGCCCCAUCCAAGUUCAGAGACUCCACAGGCCAGCUGUCUAGGGAGCUUCCCAGGGGAAGAAGCCCUGCCUUAGAGGGAGGUGCCCGGGCCUUCACUUCCUCUUGUGUCAGACAAAGGUUGCACCAAAUGGCCAAUUCCUCUCGUGUUUUGAUAGGAAAUCUGGGACUUGGCUGUAGGCUUCGGGUUCUUCAUCCCAGUCUGUCAGCCAGCCAAUGAUCAUUCUUCAGACAAGUCAAUGCACAUUUAUGAAGCACCGACUAUAUUCCUGAUGGUGCCAAGUGCCAGGGAGACACAAAGGGCAAACUCCCAAGCCCUUGCCCCCAAGAGGCUCACAGUCUAGCUAGCAGGUCAGACAAGAGGCAAACAACUCUGGCCAGACCAGCUGUAGACAGGGUGGUGCUAAGAUUGAGGAGGCCUGGGAAAGGCUUCUGGCAGAAGGCAGAGACUAGAAGGAAGCCAGGAGGUAGAGCUGAGGGGGUAAAGGGUUGUUAAAGAGGUUUGAUUGCUUGUGCUUCAGUGCCCAGAAGGAGGUCACAAGGAUGGCAUGGCAGCAUGGCACAACCUCCCACAGGCUGAGUUUUGCAAACAGCAAGUAGUCACAGGGAGGAUGUUACCAGCCCAAUCUCCUGGCAGGCAGAGCGAACCACUCAUCUUGCCCCGCUUCUGCUGUCUGCUGUCAGCUGUUUAGUCACUUUCAGACGUGAUCAACUAUUUGUGACCUCAUUUGGGGUUUUCUUGGCAGAGGCACUAGAGCAGUUUGCCCUUCCCUUUUUCUAGAGGUGAAGAAACGGAGGCAAACAGGGCGAAGUGAUUUGCCCAGGGUCACUCAACUGGUAAGUGUCUCGAGUCCAGAUCUGAACUCCGUCUUCCUGACUCCAGGCCUGGUGCUCUGUCCACUACAGUACCACCUAGUUGCCCAUUGUCACAUGAAAGAUUCCAUCCUGUACCCUGCCAUGGCAAAGAAACUCCGGGGAGAGGUGCCCAAUGCCCCUCCUGUAACUGUGGGCCGGAGAGGGUUUAUUUCUUGUCUCUCAGCCUUCCAGAAACUGGUCUAGUUCCCCACUGCUGACUAAGCCAAACAAAAUGACUGAUUCCAACAUUCAAGGCCUUUCCAUCCUCUUCCUCUGCUAUUCCCUAUGGGCAAGCCAAACUUGUGUAUUCUCCACCACCCAGAUGUUGUUCAGAUCUCUGGCCUUCUGUCAAAGCCUAACCCUUCCUAGUGAGAGCACGACCUGUCUUUUCACCCACAGUAUGGUACAGCCAUGGGUUAAUAGGUGUUUAUCAAAUUGAAGAUCCCAGGAGUGUUGAGUACGUCCCCCACUCUGGGGCAGGGACCAUUGCCCCCAUAUAGCCAUUUGUCUUUGGGUCAAUCCAUCCCAGACUGCAUCUGUGUGCCUGUCUGAAGAGCUUAGAUGGUCCAGGACAUUGCUCGGGUUUUGGUGGGAGCUUCCUAGGGGCUCCCAUCCCUUCUCUGCCCCAGUCGGACAUGAUGCUCUCUGGCCUUUGAGUGGGGCUGAAAUCAGGGAAUCUGGCCCUAGGCCCUGGGUGAACUAGAUACAAGAAGGGAAAAGGAGAGGGAAAGACUAGCGAGAGUCUGAAUGGUUGAACUUCAGAGACCCCCAGAUUUCCCAUGCUCCCCAGCUCACGGCACAGACAGACACAAGUUCUAGGUUUGGCCUUUGUAAAGGUCCCUCUUAGGAUAACACCCUGACCUGCUGCUGCUGCCUGUGCCCCUUCAGCACUGAAUAAAUUCCCUCCUCCUG